AAUCAAGUGGUUCAAUUGGUUUCUUUGUCUUAAUUAGUUCUCUCUAAAGGUGUAGUCUGCUUUUGAAUUUGUAUGUCUUUGAUUGAGGUUCAGAUUGUUGGUUUAAUUUGAUUCUGAUAUUGAUUUUUAGAAACUGGGUUGUUUUCUGUUGUUAGGAAUUCCAAUGGAUUAUCUUGUUUUCUCAGCUGUUUUGUUUUCUGGGGUUAUGUACAGUCAAAUCUUCUUUCGCUAGAUUCUUGUUUGUUUGCUUUUGAUACUGUUGGGGUUUUCCAACUUUGAUAUGACCUCUGAGCUUUCCAAAUGAAAUGCAGGAGUGCCUCCUCCUUCUUUCCUUAACCCCUCAUGCCCUCAACUGUUUCUUCGUAUGGAAGGUCUCAUAAAGUUGUUUUGUAUAGAUGCUUUAUCCACAGCAAUGGAAAAUUUUUGGGUUCAGCAUUUGACUAUUGAAGUGGUCCAUCAGAAUCCACUGUUAUAAGUGUUAAUCAUAUCUUCUGUGAUAAUUUUUGUAAAUGGGUAGACAGAGAUGCUAAGGUUUAACAUUAUUGCCUUCUGGACCCUCAAUUAUCAUCUCUUGGUAUAAUUGUUAGAUUAUGGCUUCAUUAACAUCCAGGGGUUGAGUUGAGUGGCUCUAUGGUGCGGACACCGCCCAGAUUAUUUUGAAUGUGUUAAGGGAUUUAAUUGCUAUCUUAAUUAUGAUUUGAUUUCCCUGCCUUAUUUGAUGUAACCUGGUACCUUAUUUAUAGGCCCACAGUAAACAUUAUUGUUAUGUUGAAUUUGAUGAAUGAUAUGGAAUUGAGAUUUUCUUUCUCUAGCUUGGUCGUGAUGCCAAGAACCCUUAUUGGUGAAACCUAAGGUUUAUCUUGUUCUGUGUUUUUGCCUUUGCCCUGCAUCACUGACGGUCAACUGGGUUUGAAACUUUGAAUUCUACCACCAACCCUUUGGGAGGUAACCUUUGGGAUCUAUUCCUGUUAUGGUUUUGAACAUGUGGGAUGGGAGAACUACACAUGCCUGGAAAAUAUUUUGGUGCUUGAAGAGCCCUGGAGACUGUAUUAGCAUAAAAAAAGGAAAGAUAAGGAGAAAGAAAGAGAAGAUUAUGGCUUUCUAGGAUUGAAUGGUACUUAGAUAUUACUUUUGAUUUUGAUGCUAUAACGCAUUUUUGGUUAUAUCUCAAUAAUUGGUAAAUGGGAUCUGAAGGGCCUCUUGCACCUGCAGUAGCAGUAACAGUUCAUGUGACGGGAUUUAAGAAAUUCCAUGGUGUUUCAGAGAAUCCAACUGAGACAAUUGUCUGUAAUCUCAAAGAGUAUGUGAAGAAAAAGGGAUUGCCAAAAGGUCUAACUCUUGGGAGUUGCAGCAUUCUUGAGACUGCAGGACAGGGAGCACUUGCUUCCCUAUACCAGACAUUGCAAUCUGCCAUUGGUGGAAAGGAUUCUGAAUCUUCAACUUCUGGAAAAAUUAUUUGGCUACACUUUGGAGUUAAUAGUGGUGCAACAAGGUUUGCCAUUGAGCAUCAAGCUGUCAAUGAAGCCACUUUUCGUUGUCCUGAUGAGUUGGGAUGGAAGCCCCAGAAACUCCCCAUCAUUCUUGCAGAUGGUGACAUUUCACACACUCGACAGACUUCUCUUCCUGUCGAGGAGAUUACCAAGGCCUUAGCAAAGAUGGGUUAUGAAGUGAUGACAUCAGAUGAUGCGGGACGGUUUGUAUGCAAUUAUGUUUACUAUCAUUCCCUUCGGUUUGCAGAGCAAAAUGGGAACAAAUCGCUGUUUGUGCAUGUGCCUCUCUUCUUGACUAUAGAUGAGGAUACACAAAUGCAGUUUGCUGCAUCCUUGUUAGAGGUACUUGCUUCUUUAAAUUAAGAGCAUCCUGCCACAACCUUAUGUCCAGGAGCUUGUGUGGUUGCUUAUAUUGGCCAUGUAUGUAAAAAAAAGUGGUUCGAUGCAUAAUAAAUAGCGAGUGUGUUUUAAUGAAAAGUGAAACUAUGGCACAUGCAAUUCAUGUAUUUUGGUGAAUGCUUUUUAAAGGGUACUGGAAACUCGCGGAAAUCUUUUGAAAUCUCUUAUGCCAAUUUGUGAAUGAAAUGCCAGUUUUAUUAUA